AAGGAGCCUCAGAGGAGGCGUGCGUUCAGUUGUUGAAACCCUUAGCCUAAGGAUACGAGCCGAGCCACCAAACUCUCCUGUUGCCAAAGAAGAGGACGGACUCCCGAGAGGUCUCUUCACAGCACACACACAGGCUGGACCCCGAUCCUGCAGGUUGGACCGCCCGGACCCCGUCGCUCGCUCCCGACUCUCCUCCCUCGCUGGGCUCCUUGUCCCGUCCCCGGGCCGUGUGGGCGUGUUGAGUGAUGAAGAUCCCUCUGUGGUGCCUGCUGGUGCUGCUGGCAUGUCUCUUCAGCCCUGGAAGCAGUGACUGUCAGGGGGAGUGUGUGUCCUGCGGUCUGCUCCUGCAGCAGCAGCAGCUGCAGCAAGCCUUCAACACCAUGCUCUGUCUGCUGGAGUGUGAGGGCCACAUCUCCUCCGCGCUCACAUGGGAGGUGUGCAAGCGCGCCGUGAAGCUGUCCCACUACCCCACCCGUCCAGACGGGGGCGCUCUGCUGAAGAGAGCGGGCGAGGAGCUGGAGCUGACCUCCCUGGACGUGGACUCCGACGUCGAGCUGCUCAGGGAGGGUCCCGGGGGCGACGAGGCGCCCUUCGGCCAGCGCAGCGUCCAGUACGACUCCGGGGAGGCGGGGCGGGUGGAGGAGGGGGAGGAGGAAGAGGAGGAGGAGGAGGAGGAAGAGGAGGGCCUGGAUCUCCACGACAGGCAGCCGAGGGAGGAGAGGAACGCGGCGGGGGGCGGGGACAGCUCGGAGGGCGUGGCCCUGUCCAAGCGCUUCGGCGGCUUCCAGAGGGGGCGCCACGGCUACAGGAAGCUCAUCGGCUCGCCCGUGCGGCCCCUGCAGAAGCGCUACGGCGGCUUCAUCGGGGUCCGCAAGUCGGCCCGCAAAUGGAACAGUCAGAAGCGGGUGAACCAGCUGCUCCGGCAGUACCUGGGCAUGAGGAGCAGCCGCAGCGGCCGCUUCAACAGCGGCGCCAUGACCCGGGUCUGGAGGCAAAACAAACUGUAACACUCAGAGGCCUCCGCCCCUCCCCCACCCGCAACCCCCACGACCUCCACCUCUCCAGCACUUUUUCUUUUGGUUUUGUGUUUUCCCAGCAGCCCCCUUCUCCACGUUGAACUGUGAGCCCGCCGUUAAAGAACAGACUCCGCCGUCCUCCCUCUCCGCGCAACAGCCGAUGUUUUGACCGUGACGUCCUUCCUAUAGAUCACCUUGACAUGCCAUGCUGUGAAACAAAACAAGUAGACAAGUGCAAUUGAAUAUAUAUUUUUGUGUGUCAGUAU